AUGAAAAAAUCAAUAAUAAGACCAAGUAAUCAAUUAAAUUCUCCUUCAAUAUCUCACUAUAGAUCAUAAACUAAUGGUUCAGGUAUGAUUGAUCAAUCUAGGAUUUUGGAGGAAACUAGUGAAAAAUUUUAGAGAACUUGGAAUAUAUUAGAGAGUGUGGAAGAAUUAAAGAGUGUACGUUAGAUAGUGAAGUAGGUGACAACGGAGCCAUGUGUUUAAUGUGAAUGUUAAUUGGGAGGAACUAUAAUAUCUGGUAAAGUUUAUAAAGUAUCUCCAAUGGAGUUUUAUUAUUGUAAUAUUGGAACAAGAGGAUAGAAAUCACCUUUAAAUUGUACUAUGUUUUGUGAUGGAGAGUUUUAGAUAAUGAUUUCAUUUAAUUCACCUUUUCCAACUAAAUUUAAUUGUGAUUAAGUUAUUAGAAGUAAAUAAUGGGCAGUGAGACAUAAUGGAGAAGAUAAAUUACAUUUAGCAGUAGUUGCAAGGAAAUAAACAGAUAUAAAAUUUUUGAUUAAUUUUGGAUAAGCAGAUUCUUUUAGGAAAUUAGUUCGUAUGACUAGUGAUCAUGAAAGAAUAUAUAUAAGUGAUGAUAUACCAAAAACACCUUAAUUCAUUGUUAAUUAGAAUAAAGUAUUAGCAUUUAAGAAGGUGAAUAAAUUUGAGAUGGAAGUUAGUAGAUCAGAUCGUUUCUUACAGAUAUUAAAAAUAAGAAAUCAACAAAAGAAAUCAGUAUUGGAAGAAAACUAAAUGAAGAACCUUGAAUUUAAAGCUAAAGAAUGGGCACAUAAUGAAUAUAAAUUAAUUACAUAAGCAUUAAGAAAUAGACAUAAGAAAAGAGAAUAAAAAUAUUUAUGGUUUGAAUUACUUUAUUAUAUCAAAUUUGUAGACACACUCUAAACAUUUUUAUAAUAAAGAAGAAAGUAAUUAAUGAAGAAUAAAAUGAUGGUUAUAGGUUUAUAAUUGAGAAUCAAGUCUUUCAAGGAUAAUAGAUAGAAAUAGAGAGGUGAUAUUUAACAUAGAGUAAUAGGAGAUACUGUAAUGUCUUUGAUGAUUUAUUGUAAAUAAACAAGAAGAAGAUUAAUACAUAAUUGUUUAGUUUCUGUAUUACCUUUGUUGAAGUUGAGAGCAUCAUUGUUUAUGUUUAAAAAGAAAGCUAUGAUUACAAGUGGAAAAUUAUAAUUGAUAAAGAUUAAUCUUAAUUAAUUUAUAAGAAAUGUAAGAGAUUACAAAUCUAAGAUGAUUUAAAAAUGGGAUUAAUAUACUUUGAAGAUACAUUCUAUUCCAUCAUUAUAAAAAAUGGAUAAGAGAUUUAUUACUUGGAUCAAAUAUUUAUAUGAAAAAGGAUAUCAGGUUUAUUUUUAGAAUUAAUUUAUUACUUUAUUAAUGAGAGAUCGUUAUCGUUCUCAUAUUAGAGAAUAGAGAGAAAUCAAAAAAUAUAGAUUAGAAUUAAAAGCUGCCAAAUUAUAAUUGAGAUUUGCUAGAGAAUCUGUAGAUAUUUUAACUUUGAGAUAGAGAAUAUUUAGAUUGAACAAUGAUAUAUUUGCUAUGUAAGUGAAAAAUUAAUUCUUUAUUCAUUCUGAUGUUGAAAGAUUUGUCAAUUCAAUUUUAGAGUAGAGCUCAUUUAUCUUUUUAGAUGAGGAUACUAAUCAAUUAAAUUAAGAAAAACAAUCUCGUAUUAGAGUGAGUUUAAAAAGAUAAAAGACAAUGAGAAUCUCAAAGAAUCUUUGA